UUUAACAUGUUAAGAUACACGGGCGAGAAAGAUAGUGAGUUCCUCUUACCAGCAAUAUGGUGAUGUGCUUUUGAAUGGUUAGAAAGGAUUCUUCAGAUCUGAAGGCUGAAUAAAGUCAGUUUUUGUUCUGUUAGUGAUGGUAUCACAGUGGCCUUGAACCUAACCAUGCUACUUCGAAAAGAUCAAUUACCACCAAAGGAUAUCUGCUUGCAAAAGUGAUAUUGAGUGCUUGUUUGAAGUGUGAAGUGAUUGUGCAAGUGGAAAUCGUUAAAAAAAAUCUAGUUAAUCCGGAAGUACCCACUGCAGCCACGUUUAUAUUUUAGUAAAUUUGUCGCUAAAAAUCCUUGGAUACCAAGCAAUCUCAAACCAGUUGAGAAUACUUCGGAAUGAUAUGAUAAAUACCCCAUCAAAGUGUGAAUAACGAACAUUAAAAUUGUAGAGAUAACCCGAGGACAUCAUAAUCGAUAUAAUCCCCACGGGCUCCAGCGGAAAUUACCGACAAUGCUAGCAUAUCAUGAAACUUCGAAGGGCACUUUUGAAUAGUACUGUCUGCAACAAUCACAACAUUACUUCUGCUACAAUGAGCCCAAUUGCUGCAUAAGGACAUCAUCAUUCAACGAAAUACACAAGGACACAGAAACUUCCGUCUAACUAAUAGAAUUCCAUACAAAGUGUUGUGCAUUUUUUGGAAGGGUAUCAGCGUCCAGCAUCGUUACCUAAUCUAUUCCGCCAUACCACGAUCCAUACACAUGAAAGCGUGAAUGGGUCAUCUAAUAUCCUUCUGACCAGACGGCCAUCAGCGCUGUGAUACUGUCCACCAUUGUUCAGCACAAGUUCCCAGAUUCCUUCCAUAAAUGCAAAAAUAUCUUUUCCCAGUUCAGGUCGUCGUUAGCGUGGUGGCAGUUGGCCGAAAUUGUCGGGCAGGCAUUCAAAUGCUAACGUUCGAAUGCAGCUCAUCAAAAUGUUGUACAGGAUUUCCAUAAGCAUUUCAUUACUGUUAUGCAACGUUAAUAUGCAGAUACAGAUUCAGAACGUCCAAUCCAGCAGCAUUAAAUUAACACAACGGAAUAAUCACGCCAACAUAUCAGAACUUUUGGAUAACCUCCUGAGGGGCUAUGACAACAGUAUUCGUCCAAAUUUUGGGGGACCUCCGGCUGAAGUAGAAGUCGAUAUCAUGGUACGAAGCAUGGGACCAAUAUCUGAAGUGGACAUGACCUACUCAAUGGACUGUUACUUCCGUCAAUCAUGGGUGGAUAAGCGGCUGGCAUUCGAAGGAGCCCAGGACACUUUGGCACUGAGUAUAUCAAUGUUGGCAAGAAUAUGGAAACCCGACACAUACUUUUCCAAUGGCAAACAAAGCUAUUUGCAUACAAUUACGACACCAAACAAAUUCGUCAGAAUCUAUCAGGACGGAAGAGUGCUGUACUCGAGCCGGUUGACCAUCAAGGCUGGAUGUCCAAUGAAUCUGGAAGACUUCCCGAUGGAUAUUCAACGUUGUCCUUUGAAGUUUGGAUCAUUUGGCUACACUACAAACGAUGUAAUCUACCGAUGGAACAAGAAUCGCCAGGCAGUAGCCAUUGCGGAUGAUAUGAAAUUAUCUCAAUUCGAUUUAGUCGAUUGUCCUGCUGGAAACUCAACGGAUACUGUAUUGAAAACUCCUUCAAUACAGAUGGGAAAUCAAACGCCAAGUCAUACUCCGUCUCAGUAUUCAAUGCUGAUGGUCGACUUCCAUCUCCAACGUCACAUGGGCAACUUCCUCAUCCAAGUCUACGGUCCAUGCUGUCUCCUAGUCGUCCUAUCAUGGGUGUCCUUCUGGCUUAACCGGGAAGCAACGGCCGAUCGCGUGUCUCUUGGGAUAACGACUGUUUUAACUAUGACCUUCUUAGGACUUGAAGCCCGCACAGACCUGCCAAAGGUCCCAUACCCAACGGCACUAGACUUCUUCGUGUUUCUAUCGUUUGCCUUCAUAUUUGCGACUAUUAUCCAAUUCGCCAUUGUCCACUAUUUCACCAAGUAUGGAUCGGGGGAAUGCUAUUUUAUAGUAGACGAUUUUGGGUCAGGCUCGGAAAGUGAAGAAGAUGACACCACGUUAGGCAUGCUCGGACAACUGCCCUCUGAACUGGAUGAUAGUACAGAAACUAGCUUCUUUGAAGUUAUACCACUAGCGGCAUGUUCAGUGCCAAUAACGCCUCUUAAGGACCAAAAGAAAUCAAGUUGGCCUAUAUGGAAGUGCUUCAAAAGGAAGAAAACAACGUGCCAAAGCAUAAACUCGGAGACUUCGGAAGCAAAUCGAAGGCGGUUAUCGCUACACAAACAACAGUCAGAUUUUCGAAAACGGCGACGAAGGGAACCUCGAUUCAAUUCAGUGUCCAAAAUUGAUCGAGCAUCGCGUAUUGUGUUUCCUCUACUCUUCCUCAUCAUAAACAUGUUUUACUGGUACUCGUAUCUAGCGCGGAGUUCUAGAUGGACCGUGAGUGUUUGAUGCCAAGGAUUAAGCUUAUCUAGGACAAGAUCAACAUAUUUAUAUAGACAAAAAGUAAAUUCGUUAAAAUGCUCCUACUCGAAAUUAUGAAUGAAUAUCGUAGUUAACCGUUGCGCCUUUAUUUUUGAAAUAAAAUAAAUUAUUUAGUUUUGAAAGAGCUAUUUUCUAGAAGUACUUC